UAGGGUAGGCUACAGGGUAAGCCCGAGUACCCGUACUGAAGGGUUCAUUUCAACAGUCUCCAUAGUCUUAUUCCAUUGCAAGUUUGUGAACGCAUGAGUUCAGAGUAGCUCUCGCCAAGCUGGUCUACAUUAAUCAUCAGUUUAACACAAUGGAUAAAGUUGUGCUCAACGUCUCAGGAAAGAAGUUUGUGACAUUUUGGAAAACUCUAAAAAAGUUCCCAAAUACCAGACUAGGGAGGCUGUCAAAGACAUCCGCAAACUAUGAAUCUGCCUCUGACGAGUUCUUCUUUGACAGGAACCCAAAGGUGAUGACGGUCGUACUGGACAUGUAUCGGGGAGGCGAACUACACAUCCCCUCCAAUGUUUGUAGUGCCUGUGUCAGACAGGAACUUAAGUUCUGGGAAAUCCCAGAAGAUCUGAUUUCUGAAUGUUGUUGGAAGAGGUAUGCGAACGGCAAAGAAGACAAGGCCAUAGUGGACAUUAUUGAGAAUUUUAUGGGUGUUGUCCCCGAGUUUACUGACAAGGAACAUGACAACUGGAGGAAAAGGAUCUCCAACACGCUGGAAUAUCCUACAUAUUCCCGGGUUGCUAUGCUAUGGAACGCCGCAAAAAUGACGAUGGUAGUGGUCAUCACGGUGGCUGUGAUGCUCGGGACCAUCCCGUCACUGCGGCUUGGGCUACCGGAACUGACCAAGGGCAACAGGACGAUCAAGAAGCUGGAUCUGAUUCUCAGCACGGACACGGCUGUGUGGAUCAACUACACGGAGAUCGUGUGUCUUGCCUUCUUCAGUAUGGACAUGAUUGCCCGCUUUCUGACUUCACCUUCAAAGAAAGCGUUUGUGAGCGACUGGUUGAACAUUGUGGACCUGCUGCUGGAUCUCAUCAUGUGGCUGGCGUUCCUGCUGGAGUUUGGGGGCAACCUGCUCGGACACACGGAGGUUCUUCGACUCACGGACCAUGUGCUUAAAGCUCUGUUUGUGCUUAAUGUGCUUAGACUGUUUCAUUUCGUCAGGCAAUAUGCUAUGAUGAAAAUCCUUCUUCUUACAUUCCGGGCUAGCUUUGGGCAGUUAAUGUUACUGUGUGUAGGACUUACUAUAGCGGUUGUAAUAUUCGCAACAGUGAUAUAUUUUGUGGAGAUUGCUAUGGGUGUUGAUACGUUUGACAACAUUCCAAUUGCGAUAUGGUGGGCAGUCGUUACCAUGACAACAGUCGGGUACGGAGACUACCAUCCCCGUUCAGCCCCGGGCUACAUCGUUGGAGUCCUCUGUUCCCUGUCUGGCAUUCUUCUCCUGGCCAUGCCAGUGGCCAUCAUCGCCUCCAACUUCACGGCAUAUCACGUGAAUCUGGCCGCUCGAGACCAGCGAAUACGGCGUCUGAAGCUGCUGAGGAAGAAAGCCGAGACCAACAAAGGGUUUCUGGUCCCAGACUGCACAGAGCUGGAGGACUUUGAUGAAAGUGACUUCAAAACAAAUGGACUGACAAAACAUAAUGGAAUUCCGCACAAUCAGGUGCAGCCUAUCAGUGAAAAACACACAAAGUUGUGAAACAAUUUUCGUGAACGGGAUUUCAUAAUUAUACAGCAAAGUGUGAAAUAAAGAAGACAAACUGGUAACAGUCUUGUGUCUGAGUAUUAACCAAAAUUUAAAUUGUGCCGACCACUGACCUCAGGCGUUAUUCAAAUUACAACAUAGAGGUGACGCGUAUCAAAUGGUAUAUCAGUCAUAGCAUCAUAUCGGCGUGGUUGUUCUAUAUCCAAUAUAACUAACAUGGAUACCAGGGGUGGAUCCAGAGGGGGGUGGGGGCUGGGGGUGCAUUCCCUGAGGAGCAUUUCCCCCUAACCUUUGGACUUCAACAUAUAUGUGCACCCCCAAUCCUGGGUCCGCUCCUGGAUGCGAUACACAUAGACAGACAAGACUAUUGUUUAACUACGGCAUGGUGUGUCCAUAGUUAGAUGUCUCUCAGCAACACAUCAAGAUACACAACGUUAUCAGAGACAAUGGAGGCAGUGAGUCGUCCCACCUAUCUUCUAGCUGCCUCAGACACAGAAUGUAUACCACGUGGAACAUAGCCAACUACGCAGAUGCUCACCGUGCCUUUUGAUCUACACACGACGAUUCAUACAUGGAAACGUGAUCCAAUAACAUUCAGCUAACGCACUUAAACUUUCACUUUAUUUAAUGAAUACUUUGAUGGUGCGGAACGGUAUUCUACGAAGACGUUAUGCCUUAACAAUAGGAACAGACCCUUGAGAUCUAGGGUCCGCCAAGACAAUGACACAGCUUGUAGGUAGAUAGAUGCAUCAGAAGCCUGGCUGCGGGCACUUCGUGCACAAACAACAAUAUGUCAUAUCGCAACAAUCACAUGCUUCUGUUUAAUGCUAAGUAUAAUCACUAAGUUACCUAUGGGGAUAAAAAAGUAACAUUCAUUAUAUACUUAUAUAAAUUCAUUUCAUAUGUAUAUAUAUUCAUCUGAAUUAUUUUCAUAGUAAAUCAUAAACAUUUCAAAUUGUACUGGACGAUGACCAUAUACAUUUGAUAAACCAAUCAGAUAACAGGUGCACAUCUGCUGCGUGCAAUUGUAUCUGGGUACUCGCCUGCAGGUUGACAUGGAGGGUACAAUAACACUGACGUAAACUCUGGGUAAAUAUGUUUGCCAACACAUUGUUAAGUGAUAACGUUAUCUGAAAAAGGUGAAUUAAAAUUAAUCCCAAAGGACAUACCAUUUUGUGUGUUAAUUUUAGUUUACUUCUCGUGUUUUAUACAUUAAGUGUCAAACGUUAUCAGUGGUGUUUUACGUGUUUAUUCGAAUAUAUUAUUCGAGGUGUUUGUUAGAGUACAUUCCAUUUUCAAACUUGAUAGCAGAUUCAAAGAUGCUUGUCUUGCCAUCACUCCACCCAUGAUCUACAAAAAGAUUAGUUUAUGCUUUGUGUUAAAAACGACGUACAUAAUAUCAAAUAAAUAAAUAAAUAAAUAAAU